CCACCCGGGCUGACAUCUACAUCAAGACUGGAACUGAGAUACAAAGACGGUGACUAGGCUUUUUUUAGAGAUUACAAAUAAUCUGAACAGCAGCUUCACUUUCAGCAGAGGAUUUAUCUUCUAUUGCAUGAGCUUGGCUUUAGUUGGUUUAGUUUGCUUUUGGCUGUUGGCAGCAUCCUGAACUGUAACAUCAAGUUUGGACUUCCACUGUCCUGCUGGACUUUUGUCGUAGUCCAGACGUACUGGAUAUUCUCUGGAUCAGUAGAUUUUUUAAACCAUUUUGUUCCCCUGUGUAUGCUUAAGUUGUUGGGUGAUUCUCGGAGAGGAGGAGUAGCAGAGGUAACCAUGUGGAUCCCGACCCCCAGCAUGACUCGGCCGCAGCGCGUGGUGCUGUACGGCACAUGCUUCAUGGCUCUGGUGAACACUGUGGGCAUUCUGGUGCUGCUGGUCCAGCAGAACCAGCAACGAGUUCACCUGGAACAGACAGCUUCAAGGUUGACAGAGGUGGAGCAGAGCUCGGUGGUGGAGUUCCUUCAGGAGGUGCCCAGAGGAGGAGCAGGGCUACGGGCAAGUAUGGGGGAGCCACACCAAUACCAGUACCAGUACUCCAGGAACAAGAGGAGUGAAGAGCUAGAGAAGGAGCUGGUCGCCGAACUCAAGCAGCUGAAAGAGCUCAAAAAGGAAGAUGGACAGGAACUCCAGCAGGAGACCAGCCAGGAGGUGGGAGAGGAGAUGGGAAGGAAGAUGAGGCACGAGCUGAAGCAUAAACACAGACUCAUCCAGAGUCAACAUGAGGCAGAGGUGGUGGACGACAUGAUGGUGAUGAUGACUUACUCCAUGGUCCCGAUCAAAUUGUUGAUUGACAUUUGCAACAGCACUAAGGGAGUCUGCAUCGCUGGACCUCCAGGACCGCCUGGUUUGCCUGGUCAGGAUGGUAAGCCUGGUCACAACGGGACUGAUGGCAUUCCCGGAGUGAAUGGCCUGCCAGGGAUGGAGGGGAAACGAGGAAAAAAAGGCCCGCCAGGUGAGAGAGGAGAACCGGGUGAAAGAGGAGAGCGCGGAGAGCCUGGUCCUCCUGGAGAGAAAGUACAGCCGUCCAAUGACAUCAUUCUAGAGGGCCCCCCAGGUCCUCCUGGUCCUCCAGGAGCUCCAGGCCCUAUUGGCCACCCAGGCCCUCCUGGUCCCCAGGGACCUCCCAGGAACAGGAACCACAGAGCCCAGCUUCAUGCUGCUCACACCAUGGGGCCGUUACAUGCUGUUCCAAAUGAUGGAACCUCAUCUGUAAAGGACGCUGGGAAACUACAAGGGAUGCUGGCUAAGAAGAAUGAGUGCCUCAUCAAAUCGCUGAUCAACCCCAGGAAUGUGACCAAGAUGGACAACACAUUUGGUACAUGGAUGAAGGACACCGCACAGCUGGAUGAUGAACGCAUUUGGGUAGCAGAACACUUUUCUGGCCGCAUGGUGAAGGAGUAUAAAAGCAUCGCCUCCUUCCAGAAUGGCAGCAGUAACAUCGUGGAUGUCAGGAAGUACUAUCAGGGCUGCGGCCACACGGUUCACAAUGGCUCCUUCUACUACCAUAUUGCUGGCACCUCCAGCAUUGCUAAAUUUGAACUCCGGUCCAUGAGGCUUCACACUCUUGCCAUAGACAACGCCAUGCAUAACGGACGAUCCUACCUGUUCAAUAACUCCAAGACCUACUUCAAACUGGCAGCAGACGAGAAUGGCCUGUGGCUGAUCUUUGCCUCCAGUAGUGAUGAGAGUGUCACGGUAGCCCAGCUGGACCAAAAGACCUUCUCCGUCACCUCCUAUAUUAACACCACCUACCCCCGCACCAAGGCUGGCAAUGCCUUCAUUGCCUGUGGCGUCCUGUAUGUCACUGACACCAAGGACACUAGAGUCACCUUUGCCUUCGACCUGCUGAAGAGCAAGCCCGUCAAUGUGACCUUUGACCUCAGGUCACCAGGUGGUGUGCUGGCCAUGAUCUCCUACAGCCCUAAGGACAGACACUUGUAUGUGUGGGACCAGAGUUAUGUCAGGCUUCAUGUGGUCCACUUCAUGUCUGAUGAAUGAGCGCCUCAGUUUCUACACACCCUCUGAGAAAGCAAGUCGGUGCAAACGGAAGUGACUUUCUAAAGGCUUAAGGUCUUGCUGACCAUUGAAUAUUCACUCCUAUCUGUGUAAACCGGUCAUGUUUAGGUUUUCCCUGUAAGACUUGAGUGUUUAAGGGCUCAACUUUAUCUGCCUCGAGUAAUCCCAUCAACUAAGGGUGUAACCAGUUCAUACCAUUUAUAAAGGAACUCAAGGUAGUGCUUGGUUAUUGUGUCAUGGUGUCAAAAGUAAAUAUUAGUGCUGUAUUUAUAUCCUAUUCCCAUUGUACAAGUGAGAUUAUAGAACAACUAACAGUGUGUAAAGGUUUUAUUAUUUUUGCAUCAGUCAAGUUGAACUUGUAUUUUUACUUUAAGGCCACCUGGGUGGUUGUAAAAUAUUAUUCCCUGUGAUUGCAUGGCAAUUAUCUGAAAUCCAUUUUAUAUGAACCUUUAUAUUGCAGUACAAGUUAUAAUAUUGCCCCCCUUAUAUUUAUCGAUGUAUGCAGUCCACCUAGUUUUUCUGUAGCAGCAUUGUCUCUAAUUACUACUGACAGAAAAGAAAAACGCAGCGUAAAAUCACCCUCAUGAAAUAAAAAGAAUUUAUUCACUUUACAUAGGUAAAAUUCUGACCAUGAUAGAAUUGCCUGUUCUCUCACACACCUCCAGACUCAAGUGCCCUAGUUAAGUGUCUCCCCAUGUCAUUGGCUUCACUUUUGCAUUAGACACACACACACACACACACACACACACACACACACACACACACACACACACA